ACCCAGGAGCUGGACGGCUCGUCCCAGUGGCUGGCUGAGCAGAAUGAGGCCGGUUCCGAGCAUGCACUGGAGCAGGAAGCCAGCACUACAACCGCAAACGAAGCUGUUGGGACGAGAGGCAAAGAGCAAGAGAGAACUAAAAUGCAGAGCAGUCCUCCCCAACAGCAACAUGCGCUGCACCCACAGGUAGAGUUGGAGACUGCAUCGGACAGAAUGACAGGCAGUAACCCAGUGUCACCAGCCUCCUCGGGCUCACCUGCCUCAACUGGCAGCAUCUCGCCACCACAUCUCACCCACGACUCCUCGCUGGACAGUCACCCAGGCUUUGAUGUUCCCAAGACACAGAACAGAGCCCUUGUGCCGCCCGGGAUGUACACCUCCCCGGACCCUGCAAGCAUGUGGGACAAGACACACGCAGAGAUUGCUGAGCAGGCCAAGCAUGAGGCAGAGAUUGAAAACCGCAUUGCAGAAAUGAAGAAGGAAGGGUUCUGGUCCAUGAAACGGCUGUCAAAGGUGCCUGAGCCAGUCCGGCCCAAAGUGCAUUGGGAUUAUCUUUGCGAGGAGAUGCAGUGGCUCUCUGCUGACUUUGCCCAAGAGCGCCGAUGGAAGAGGGGUGUUGCGAGGAAGGUGGUGCGCAUGGUGAUCAGACACCACGAAGAGCAGAAGCAAAAAGAAGAACGAGCCAAACGGGAGGAGCAGGCCAAGUUGCGCCGUAUUGCCUCAUCCAUCGCCAAAGAGGUCAAGCAAUUCUGGAGCAACGUAGAGAAGGUUGUGCAAUUCAAGCAGCAAUCACGUCUGGAGGAGAAACGGAAAAAAGCCUUGGACCUGCAGCUAGACUUCAUAGUGGGCCAGACAGAGAAAUACUCGGACCUACUGACCCAGAGCCUCAAUGAGACCUUUCCAGUACCCAGCAAGACCGGUGGCUCCCAUGCGGGCUCUACUGCCUCUAGCCCACCACCCCCCAGUCACCUCACUGAGGUUGAAGAUGGGGAUUUUCAACCCCAUGAGGAGUCGGAUGAUGAGGAGACUAUCGAAGUAGAAGAGCAGCAGGAAGGGAAUGAUUCAGAGACUCAGCAACGGGAGAUUGAGUUGCUAAAGCAGGAGAGUGAACUGCCCCUGGAAGAGCUGCUGCAGUCACUGCCACCCCAAAUUUUGGAGAACUCCUUCAGUGUGCCCCCUUGUGCCUCUAGUUCUGAAAAUGAAGAGGAGGAGGGUGACAGUGAAGAGGAAGAGGAGCAGGAGGAAAAACAGACUUCCAAGAAGUUAAAGGAGAAGCCAAAGCCCGUUACUCAGAGGAAUAAAAAACCCUGGAAGCCCGAUGAAGAGGAUGAGGAGUUCACUGCCAAUGAGGAGGAAGCUGAAGAUGAAGAGGAAACAAUAGAUGCAGAAGAAAAGCUGGAAGGAGAUGUGGAUCAUAGCCAGGAGCUGAAUGAGCUGGCCAAGGAAGGUGAGCUGCCCAUGGAUGAGUUGCUGCAGAAAUACGCUGGCGCCUAUACCUCAGACUUUGAAAUGGAGGAGUCAGACACUUCAUCCGAGGCCUCGGAGCCCAGCACUUCUGAGUAUGAGGAAGAGUCAGAGGAAGAAGACAGCAGUAGCCAGUCAGAUUCCACAGAAGAGGUGGGGAGUGAGCAGGAUGAAAGUGAAGAGCAGGAUGCCAUGGAAGGUGCGGAGGAAGAAGCUUCUGUGAGCCAGGAGGAGGACUUUGGUGUUGAGUAUCUCCUGAAGCAGGAUGAGGAUCGUGGUGGUGAGGGAGACAAUGACUCGACUCCAGCCCCAGGGCCCAAGAAGGAGAUCACAGACAUAGCAGCUGCAGCGGAGAGCCUGCAACCCAAAGGUUAUACCUUGGAUACUACGCAGGUUAAGACGCCUAUUCCCUAUCUGUUGCGUGGGACACUGCGAGAAUACCAACACAUUGGUCUGGACUGGUUGGUCACCAUGUAUGAGAAGAAACUCAAUGGUAUUCUGGCGGAUGAGAUGGGGCUUGGCAAAACAAUCCAGACGAUCUCGCUGCUGGCGCAUCUGGCCUGCGAAAAGGGCAGCUGGGGCCCCCACCUGAUUAUCGUUCCCACCAGCGUGAUACUGAACUGGGAGAUGGAGAUCAAGCGCUGGUGCCCCAGUUUCAAGAUCCUCACCUACUACGGGGCACAGAAGGAGCGUAAGCUAAAACGGCAGGGUUGGACCAAGCCCAAUGCCUUUCAUAUCUGCAUCACCUCAUACAAGCUGGUACUGCAGGACCACCAGGCCUUUCGACGCAAGAAUUGGAAGUAUCUGAUCUUGGAUGAGGCUCAGAACAUUAAGAACUUCAAGUCUCAGCGUUGGCAGUCUCUGCUAAACUUCAACAGUCAGAGACGGCUUCUGCUGACCGGAACUCCUCUCCAGAACAGCCUGAUGGAGUUGUGGUCCCUCAUGCACUUCCUGAUGCCCCAUGUCUUCCAGUCCCACCGCGAGUUUAAGGAGUGGUUUUCCAACCCACUGACGGGCAUGAUUGAGGGCAGUCAGGAGUACAAUGAGAACCUGGUGAAGAGGCUACACAAGGUGCUGCGGCCCUUCUUGCUGCGGAGAGUGAAAGUGGAUGUAGAGAAGCAAAUGCCAAAGAAAUACGAACAUGUCAUCAAGUGUCGGCUUUCCAAGCGCCAGCGUUAUCUCUACGAUGAUUUCAUGGCCCAGGCUACCACCAAGGAGACAUUGGCAACGGGACACUUCAUGAGCGUCAUCAACAUCCUGAUGCAGCUCCGCAAGGUCUGCAACCACCCCAACCUCUUUGACCCACGGCCAAUCCACUCGCCAUUUAUCACAGAAGGCAUCUGCUUCAACACAGCUUCCCUCAUCCUCCAUGCCCUUGAUAACGACCCUUUCAAGCAUGCAGACUUGGGCAUUUUCGAUCUGAUCAACUUGGAGGGCCGUGUGUCCCGUUAUGAGACAGACACAUUCCUGCCCAAGUGGAAGGUGACAAGGAAACUGAUUGAGGAGAUUGCUGAGUCCCCAGACCCUCCUCCCAGACCCAAGCCUGUCAAGAUGAAAGUUAACAGGAUGCUUCAGCCAGUGCCCAAGCCGGAGAACCGAACUGUGGUGCUGGUGAACAGCCCUCGUCCCACAACUCCUCUGCAAAAGCCCAUCGCCCCUGUCCUUCCAGAGACACUGACGCCUGCUCUGGCCCCCAUCCAACACCCGGGCCCAGUCUUGUCAGGACCAGUGCAGCCCCCCACACUCCCUGUUGCGGUCUCUCUCCCCAUGCCCAUCCCUUUGCCCUCCUCACCAGUGACCAUGUCAAUACCAGUGCCUCCUUCCAUCAGACCACAGACCCAGACUCUAGUGCCUACACUGAGCCAGAACAACACAGCUGCUGCUCUGCUGCAAGGCCAGGCCUCUACUCCGCAGGUCCUACCUGUGGCGAUCACUGCAGCUCAGCUGGUCCCAAAUGCUCCCCGACCCCUCCUCCAGCCAUCUCCUAUUCCUCCCAUCACCACAGCAUCUUUCUCACUGAAACCUGGUGCACUGCCAGCCCCUGUGGGGCAGCAGCAGCCCAUGAACACCUUAGCCACCACGUCCUUGGGGCAGCAGCAGCCAAUCAACACCCAGCCCAUCAGCACCUUGGGUGUCCCUCCCAUGGGGCAGCCACCUUUGCCCAUCAGCACCUUGGGUGUGUCCUCUGUGGGGCAGCCGCCACCGCCCAUCAGCACCUUGGGUGUUUCCCCCAUUGGACAGCAGCUGCCACCCACCAACACUUUGAGUCCAGCUGCUACAGCCCAGCAGUCAACCAGCACCAUGGGCACAGGCACCAUAGGAGGCGUGAUGAAGCCCAUGAACAUCCAUUCUGCUGUGUCCGCCUUGCCAGGCUACAACUUCGCAACUGCUGGAGGCCUUCAGCAAAGGCUUCUGCUGUCCCCGGAUAUGCAGGCACGGUUGCCCUCGGGCGAAGUGGUAAGCAUCGGGCAGCUUGCCUCACUGGCCAACCGGCCGCUGCAGAGUGCUCCAGGGAGCAAACCCCUCACCUUCCAAAUCCAAGGCAACAAGCUUACCUUGACGGGUACACAGGUCCGGCAGGUCACUAUGCCUCAGCCAGCCCGACAGCUGCCAAUGCCCUCAUCAGCAGUGAACAGCUCCGGUGUGGUGAAGAUUGUUGUGCGUCAGGCUCCUCGAGAUGGCCUGUUGACCCCUUCCCCUGGCCCGCAGCAGCCAUCUCUGCGCCCUGCUACAGCAACAACUGCUGCCACACUGCCUGGUCUCCCAGCGGCCCUCAUGGCCCAACGAGCCCCGCUCCCCAUGACUCCUGUGCCGCCUGUCAGGUUGCCCGCUCAGCCACUGGUGCCAGUUAGGGUGCCCACACCAGCUCCCCUGCAGGGCCUUGUGAGACCCAUGCUGCGAAUGGUACAGGCGCCAAGCCCCAGCCUGGAGCAACAGCUGGUUGCAGCUGCCACACCCCCGAUAGCGACUUCGUUUGCGGUCACUCCAGCGGCCACCGUCACUGUUGCCGCCAACACCUCCCCAGCUAUGACUUCCCAGAUGGCCUCGAGCGCAGUGCCCAAGGAGGAGCCAGAGAUGUUAACACUGCGUUCCACCACCCCAACACCGCCCCCGCCCCCUUCUGUCCUGGCCCCACGGCCAAGGCGGCAGCCGCCUCCCCCACCUCGCUCACCCUUCUAUCUGGAAUCACUUGAAGAGAAGCGGAAGAAGCAGAAGGAAGAGCGCCUCGACCGGCUCUUCCGCCUCAACGAGCAACACUGCAACCUUGUGCCAAUUUACGGCACUGAGGUGCUACACUUUUGCACUCUUUUCCCCCCUGCUCCCCCUCUCUGGAGGGAGGAAGAGGAGGAAGAGGAGCCAGCAGCAGCACCAGCCCAGGAAGUAGAGCCCAAGGGCUGCAGAGGGGGUAGCUAUGCACACUGUUAUGCAGCACAAGUGCAAAGGGACCCCCAUCGCCUCGAGACUCACUGGCAGCGGGCAGACACCUUGGCCCAGGCUAUCUUGAAGCCGCAGCAGCGAAUUGAGGAACUGACAGACAUUAUAGAGAGGUUCAUCUUUGUUAUGCCUCCUGUGGAGGCUCCUGCUAUCACCAUGCAUACCUCUCACCCGCCCCCAUCACUCCUGCUCCAGCAGGCUGUCUUCAAAGAGACCCUGAGACAGGAGCUCUCGCCCCGUGCAAGCGGCCUGCACCGUAUCAUCUGCAACAUGCGGACUCAGUUCCCAGACCUCCGCCUCAUCCAAUAUGACUGUGGGAAACUGCAGACUCUGGAUGUUCUGCUGCGGCAGCUCAAGACUGGUGCCCACCGGGUCCUCAUCUUCACUCAGAUGACUCGCAUGUUGGACGUGCUGGAGCAGUUUCUCAAUUAUCAUGGACAUAUCUACCUGCGGCUGGAUGGUAGCACCCGUGUGGAGCAGCGGCAGGCACUGAUGGAGCGCUUCAAUGCAGACAAGCGCAUCUUCUGUUUCAUCUUGUCAACGCGCAGUGGUGGUGUGGGAGUGAACCUGACAGGUGCUGACACUGUGGUGUUCUAUGACAGUGACUGGAACCCCACCAUGGAUGCCCAGGCCCAAGAUCGCUGCCACCGUAUCGGGCAGACACGUGAUGUUCACAUCUACAGGUUGAUCAGUGAAAGGACAGUGGAGGAAAAUAUCCUGAAGAAGGCCAAUCAGAAGAGGAUGCUUGGAGAUAUGGCUAUUGAGGGUGGCAACUUCACAACAGCCUAUUUCAAACAGCAAACAAUACGUGAGCUGUUUGACAUGCCCCUAGAUGAGCCAGCCAAGAAAGAAGGGGAGGCCUCAGCUAUAGCACAGGAGGAUGAAGAGGACCCCAUGGCCACCAAGCAGACACAGAUUCUGGAGCAGGCACUGUGCAAGGCAGAAGACCCUGAAGACAUCCGGGCAGCUACCCAGGCCAAAGCAGAGCAAGUGGCUGAGCUGGCAGAGUUCAAUGAGAACAUUCCUUUGGACACAGAAGAUAGGCCUAGCAGGGAAGAAGAGGAGGAGAUGUCUAAGGCUGAGCAGGAGAUUGCCUCACUGGUGGAACAGCUCACCCCUAUUGAACGUUACGCCAUGAACUUCCUGGAGGCAUCUCUAGAGGACAUCAGUCGGGAGGAGCUGAAGCAGGCAGAGGAACAAGUAGAAGCUGCCCGCAAAGAUAUUGACCAGGCAAAGGAUGAGGUAGUCUUCAAGCUGCCAGAGGAUGAGGAUGAGAGCUAUCUUGUUGAGGAAGGCACCAGCAAGAAGAGUAAGAAGUCCAAGGGUUCAAGCCGCACAGCCUCAGAGAGGACAGGCACCCGCAUGAGUGAAAGGCUGCGUAGCACCCGCCUCCUGCUGCGGGAUGGGGAGAGUGGAGAUGGGGAAUCCCCCCAGACAAGACUACCCAAUCUCCGGCAUUCCCACACGGUGACGGAUGAGGAAGACAAUAGCCUGCCCCAAGUAGCUCAACACACGCGAGGGGCUGCUGUGCGGAGGGAGUUGGUGCGGGAGGAGAAGCCUGUCCAGGCUGCCCUGCACUCCCGCAGAACUUUGGCCCGCCGAGAGGAGCCCUGGACUAAGGCCCCAGUGACUGGGGAGAAGGUGCCGAAAACAACUCCCCACAGGACUGAGGUUUCUGCUUCUGGUGACAGGGUUUUGAGAAAUAAUCCCCACAGGACAGAGACCUUGUCUGCUGCGGAGACGUUGCUACCAGUUACUCCACAGAAGGCAGAUUCAGGGGCUGCAGGUGACAGGAUGCUAAAAGGCACCUCUCCGAGGACAGAAACCCAGCCUGCUGGUGAUAAGUUGCCACAAAGUGGCCCCCAGAGAAUAGAAACUGGCUUGGAUAAGGAGGUGAGGCCAGACUUGCAGAAGCAUGAGAAACCCUGUGAGUUAGAUAAACUCCCAUCCAACCCUCCUAGGUUAGAAGUACCAAUAAAUGAGGCACAACUCCUCCAGCUUCCUUCUCAGGCACUUGAUGGAGAGGUGGCCAGCUUAAAAACAGUUUUAAAAGAGCAGGAAGAGAAAGCAAGUGCCCAGCUCAAUCCAUCAGCCCCUGAACCCCAUGUUCCCAUGAAUGUCCCAAAUGUGGAAGUACCAGUGUUCCAGGCACAAGAUGUGCUAGUGGCUGAGGAGAAGUUGUUGAGUACACAGUCACCACCUGGCACUCAGAAGGUUGUCCUUGAGGUUCCAGCAACUAAAGAGAAGGCACCAAGCACAGUGAGUCUCCUUGCCACUGUGGAGCUACCUAAUGAGAAACAACCCGAGGCUGUUUGUGAGGUAGACUUACCAUUGAGGGAGCAAAAGGAGAGCCUGCCAAGGUCAGAGGAAGAAGCAGACAUGAGCACUUCUUGCAGUACUGCGGUACAAGAGUCACUGAACUCUGUAUUUGAGGCACGCAGGCCUGAGGUUGUUGAAGGGGCAGCACCCUCUGAUGGUCCUGAUGGAACAGCAUCUAAGACACUCACCUCUAGAAGCUCAGAGGCCACCCCCAUGGAGUCCGUAGUUAGUGCAUCAUCCAGGUUGGAGAGUGAGACCCCCAAGAUUGAGGUGCCUGUGGUUCCUUCCGUGGACCACACCAUGCCAGCUGCUAGCUCCCUUGUUCAACUGGAAGCUCUGCCUUGUGUCAAGGAGCCAAAUGGUUUGGAGCAGGCUCCCAGAGCAGAAGACUUGCCAUGUCCCACUUCAAGCAUCCUAGAUGAGCCAGAGUCUAAGAUCGCACCUGGAGAGACUGUAUUGCCAACACCAGAGGUCUCAAGCAGUGAAAGCAAGAGCCCCAAGGAGUCACACAAGCAGGAUCAAGGGGUUGUUGGGAAGAAGCUUCAUGGGGAGGAGCACCAAAACAAAGAGGCUGAAAUUCAGGCCACCUGCCUGCCAGCUGUCUCCUCACAGGCAAGUCCAUCAGAUAGUGCUGUCUGCUCAGAAGCGCCAUCUGCAGAUGAGAGUCUGUCGUUGAUUAAAACCCCUCGCCGUCGAACCAGUGCGGACGUGCAGAUCCGGCAGAGCUGUCAGGACCAAGAUGGCCCUGCUGCAAAAGUUUUGCGCAAGCUGCCAGGGCGGCUGGUCACAGUGGUGGAGGAGAAAAAACUGAUUCGGCGUCGCCGUAAUCGUGUGCGCAAGUUGGAUACUGCCAACAGCACCGUGGUGAGUCCCAGCAACAGCUCAGAUCAGAGCGUGUUGGAGCCAGAGCCCUCCUCCCCUUCUGGCAAAGAGCUGCCACUGCUGCGAGACUUGCCUGCCCGUCGGAGAAUUGAGCUGGAGAGCCGGGCAGCAGCUAAGGAGAGAGAUGGCGGCCUAAGAGGAGAGGCACACACUAGCCCUUCUGCUGAGCCUUUGAAACGCAAGCGAGGGCGUCCCCCCAAGAACAAGUCCUCUGAGCAGCAGAGUCCAGGGCUGCUGCAGCCCCUCCCGGAGCUUGGCCAGGAGACCACCCCCCAGAGUCGGAUCCCAGAGAAGAAGGUGCCCGAGACCCAGCCCCAGAGCAAGACCUCUGAGAAGAAGGUGCCUGAGACCCAGCCCCAAAGCAAGACCUCCGAGAAGAAGGUGCCCGAGACCCAGCCCCAAAGCAAGACCUCUGAGAAGAAGGUGCCCGAGACCCAGCCCCAAAGCAAGACCUCCGAGAAGAAGGUGCCUGAGACCCAGCCCCAAAGCAAGACCUCCGAGAAGAAGGUGCCCGAGACCCAGCCCCAAAGCAAGACCUCCGAGAAGAAGGUGCCCGAGACCCAGCCCCAAAGCAAGACCUCCGAGAAGAAGGUGCCCAAGACCCAGCCCCAAAGCAAGACCUCCGAGAAGAAGGUGCCCAAGACCCAGUUCAAAAGUAAGGUGCUAGACAAGAAGGUGCCCCAAACGACUUCACCCAAGACCAAGUCUCCCAAGGGUAAAACGGAGAGUAGUGAGAACAACUCUCCUGUCGAAAAGCGACGCCGUGGCCGCCCCCCCAAGAUACGGGAGGCCCCCAUUGUGUCUCCAAAGCCUUCUCAUUCUGAAGUUCUGCCAGCCUCCUCUGCAAAGCCUCUGGUCACAGAGCUACUCCCUAAGGUGCAGGAGCAGCGGGACAAGUCCCCUAAGCCCACCCCUGUGGCAGAAGCAAUACCUAAGAUUCAUGAAUCGCUGGACUUGCAUCCCAAUCCCAAAACAACGUCUAUCUCAAAAGUGUCCCCCAAGGCGCGGAACCGAAUGCCUGUGCAUCCCAAACCCACCUCAAUUUCUAAACCAGCUCCUAAGGCACGAGAACUGUUGGCCGCUCCCCCCAAGCCUGUUUCCAAAUUCUCCACAGAAGCGUGUGAGCCCCUUCCUACUCCCCCUAGAGCUGUCUCUUCAGCAGAAGCCUCCCCAGAGAUUCAAGCACUGCCUUCUCUGCCCCGACCGCCACAAACACCGCCACAAGCUGCCCUCGGUUCCACAACUUCCGAGUCUCCGCCCAAGCGGAAGAGGGGUCGGCCCCCAAAGAACCCACCUUCCCCUCGUGUGGAGGCCGCGCCAACUCCCACCUCACCAUCUGACCACGAGAUCUCCACCGAGAAGAAGGAGACCCCGGCUCCCCCUGUCCGCAAGCGGCGACGGAGGAGGAGAAAGGAUGAACUGGGCCCGUCGUUGCCAGGCAUCAGUCAGAGCUCCUCAGAGGGCGAGGACUCCCGGCCACUCACCAGGCUGGCUCUGCUCAAACGCGAGGAAAAGCCAGAGUCUUGUGGCGAGGGCUUAGCGCAGCCCUCCCCAAAGCAGGCGCUCCCUGAGGGCGCUUCGUCUGCAGAGAGCAGCACUUGGGAGCAGCCUCCUGGGGACACCCCCGCCCGCUCCACCCGCCUCCGGCCCGGCAGCCUCCUCCCACCACUGGAGCGUGAGACUCAGCGACGGAAACGCCGCUGCUUCCUGAAGGGCAGCCGGGUGAGCAACAGCGGCCAGUCACCCCCUCCCCAGGCCACCUCGGAGCAAGAGGGUGGGGAGUCCGGGUCCUCCUCGGAGUCAAGCAGCAACAAGUGCUCCCAACAGCCCAAGCGCCAGUGCUAUGAGUCGGGUGGUGGGCGGGGCAGGGGGCGGGGGCGGGGUUGGUGCACUGGGAGCCCAGCUGACCGGAUUCUCCGUAGCGCAGCCAAGCCCAGUGAAGGCACCCGGCCGGCUUCCUCCCCCAUCCCCACCAGGAAAACGGGCCCUGCUUCCGUGCCCACCUCAGCGGGGGGAGGCUCUGGGGUGCUAUCUCCCUCCUGCACUCCUUCUCCAGCCGCCCCGGUUACCUCUUCACUAAGUAACAGAGGCCGCAAGCCCAAGACGUGACCGCAGCGCGAGAAGUUCUGCCGUCACUUCUCUCUCUGUGUGGGGGGGGGGUCAAUGGCCAGCUCUUCCUCGCACAUACUGUAAGCAGUUUUAGCCCCCUGCCCCGACCCACCCAUUGCUCUCGAUCCUCCUGUUAUCAUGGAGGGCAGCCGAUGGGGCUCACCUGUCCCCACACAGCUCCCUGCAUUCCAGACUUGACUGUUAAGAGUACUACUUGAAAGAGUAGGAGGAGGAGGGCAGCAGGUGUGGCUGCUCCCUCCCGGAUGCUUUGUCUCAGAGCAGGGCGAGGGACACUCCUGCAGAAGUUGGCUAGCUCUGGAUGUGUAGCUCAGCUGCUCCCUCGCAGGGGAAGUGACGGAGCCAACACUGUUCCCAAUUAAUUCUGCUACUUGCUGAUCAUGGAGUGAGGGAGGGCAGCUCCAUAGAGGUGUGGCCCCCUGAGUUGACGCUUCAGGGCUCCCGCUGCUACUGAAUGGCCCCCGCAAAGUUCAGUACCACUUUGGGAUGCCUCCGUUCAGCCUUCCGUUAGGCGCUUGCAUCCUUUUUAAAAUAAAAAUCAAAUUUUGGGGCUCUGCAUCCUUGCCCUCUGCCCCUUCCCCUUAAGAAACCCGCAGGGGAUGCCCUCCUGAUUUAUAACACAAUUAGCUCUUACUUUUUUAAUGGCUCUGGGUUGGUUUUUAAAUGACAGUGACCAAAUGCUGGGUCCCCUUCUCUGGCUUUCCCUUUUGAUUGUCGCCCUGUUUAUUCCGUUCACAGCUUAGGGCCCUCUUGAGGCACAAGGAGGUGGCAGAGUUGACUCCUUGAAAAGGGGAAGGUUGUGCCCUCAUGUUUUGCAUUGCCACCAGGAGAGAUGGUCUUAUUUUUAAUGAUGUAUAUUGCAGCCUCACUGCUCCGAGGACUCUGUGGGCUUCUGAGUUGGAUCAAAUCCCUCUUCCCUUCCCCGCCUCUCUGUGUACAGCUCUCAUUGUAAAAUAGGUUCUUUUGAACAUAAUCUAUGCAAAGGUUAUUUUGUAUAGGGGAGCACAACGUUCCCUCCCCUCCCCCACCGCAGUGGGAUUGAGGGGUGGCAGUAGUUCUCUGGUUUGGGGGAAGGGGGUGCAGU